GUUGAACAGAUGGAGUGUGUAGAGAAGUUCUCGUUAAUCCCGCCCACUUCACUUUCAGUUUCCUUUCUCCAGAAAUCUCUGUGCGGAAGUCUCAGCAAAAAGAGCUUUAAACCCGGAGAAGAGCCGAGUGUAAAAGCUGCUCAGCCUCCUAAGCAUCUGAAACAUCAGAGGAGACCAUGCCCCAUGUGAACGAGCUGAAUCAUUCAUCCCAGCUGAAACGUUCUGGAUUCGGUCGGCCUCCACCUCGACACGGCCUCCAGCUGCUCCUCUGGUUCUCCAAAGAGUGCCUCUAUUUUGAUAGGAAUGAUAAGAUGGUUCCACACUGUAAUCCUGAUGAAGGGGAUUUCGGUUUUCACCUGUUCGAGAACCGAUACCGAAACGGCUUCCAGCUCCUGCCGGCGAUAAACUUCCCGUACUACGUGGUGGGGAAUCUGAACAGUGACGGAGCAGACGAGCUUCCUGAUUACGUCACUCGGUCAUAUACCGGUUACUAUGAUGACAGCAAUAAGGACCGCAUCAUAGUCAGCCUUAAAAAUGGCUUUUUUAAUGAGGUUUACAUCACCGAACACGUAGACGAUUGGAACUACGACCCCGAGAACACCUACCGCAUUAAUAAUAAACUGAUUCGAUUCCUCAAUCAAAAGAACAAGACGAAUUUCCUGAAUGAGAUGGGCAUCCAGUUCACAGUGAACGUCGCUCCAGAACCUCCUUCUCCACGGAGGAACACAGCUCACAUCACCAUUAAUAACAACGCCAAACCAGAGUCGUCCAGGAGCAGGGGAUUCUGGGAUUUCUGUACGAUCCUGUAAACUUUCCUCUCACCGAACGUCCUGGAGAAUUACAUGUACAUUUUCAUUUAUUCCUCUGUGGGUCGUCCUCGGAGUGGAGUUCAUCUCUCAGUGAGGAUUUAAUGUGAAGUUACACACAUCAGUAUUCAGUCCUACACUCGGGGGCGGAGUUUGUCUAAAACAGAGGCGUGUCUCAGUUCCGCUCGAUUCUGACCAUUCAUCUUGAGCACGUUUUUCUUGCGUGAUGUCGGCUUGAGUCAUUUGAUUUAAUCACAACGUCAUUUUGAAGUUUGUCCGUCGAUCCUCUGAGACAUUGUGGAGUGUGUUCGCGUUCAUAUCUCACGGCUUUUUAAUGUUUCGUUUGGAGUUGUUCACCGUCGACAGUUUCUCUGCUGGUUUCCGUUUUCAGUCCGCAUUUUCAGUCCGCAUUUUCAGUCCGCAUUUUCUGUCCGUGAUUUUUCAGAGUUAAACGCGGUGGUCUAGACGCUGUUGAGAAACACCGUCUCAGACGCUUCUGCUCAUGAACAAUCUGAAACCUCAGAGGUGUGAGCUACACCGCGUUAGUGUCGCUGCGUAACCGACUCUGAACACCAGUCUUUCCUCAUGACUCGACUCUGGACUCUGGAUACGAGUCAGUGGGGGUGAUUUAUUCAGACGUGUUUACACUCAGACCCGAUGAGUUACUCGUAAAAAUAGUUUGCUCCAAUCAAGAGCAGUGACUUUAUUUUUGGAUGUAAUUCUUGUGUUUUCUCAGGUCGUACCUGACAGGUCACGUUACAACGUGGUCCAGCAUGAAAGAAUUUUAAAAAAAAGAAGACGGUAAAGGGAGACAAACGUGAUAAAUAAUGUUUUGACUUUGUUUUUCACGAUGAAUAUUUUAACGCGCACUGCUCGACCAGUUUGUUCCAUCAUCAUCAUCAUUUGUUAAGCCGCUCACACUAACACGCUAAACAUCUUAUUGCUAAAAAUGUUCUAUAUUUCUUUCUCCUCUGCGUUUUGUCCUGGUGGUGUACUAACCUUCUCUGUGCAGUAAAACCAGAUACCGCGUCACUGUUUGCAGUAAACACGUGUUUGUUUCCGAAUGGUUCCUGUAGCUACAGAGCUAAAGCCUCGCGCGAGUAGAACUCUUUCACCUGAACUCGGAUUUAAACUGAGAGUUUAAUCACGUAGGAGGUAAACGAGAGAUAUUUACACUCAUCAGCUUUAAUUACACACUUUAUUUUAAAUAAAUACAAACACAUAUACAUGAUAUGACUAACCAAGAAGAACCAGUGCUCCUGUGUACACAGAGCUUUUAAUCCUGUUCUUUUGUUACAUUUUUGCUGAUAUUUUAUUGCAUGAUAACAGUAUACUUGUUUUCUGAUCAUUUUGAUCAUGUUUGAUGUUGGUAUUUGAUUGAAAUAAAGUCAUUAGAUCGAGAUGUAGUGUCUGUAUGUUUAUACCGAAAUAUUGAGCUAAUAUUCACAGUGUAAUUAUAAACCUACCGUUUAUAAACUACGCUUUAAAUUAAAAUGCUUUUCUGUCUUUGUGAAUUUAAAUGUCAGAAUUUCAGACUGAACU